AUUUAUUUAUUCAUUUUACUUCAAUCUGUUCAAACAAAAAUAUAAUCAGACAAUUUAAUUUUGCAAAAAUCUAUUAGAAUCACUAAAAAAAACAUGGUUAUCUUACAAGUCAAACGGGGAGAUGAAAAUCUUUUUCUAUACGAGACAAGUGUUAAUGAAAAUACCACCAACAUUAUCAAAGAUAUAACGGCCAUCUAUAAUGGUCGUUUGAAAAUCGAACGGAUUUGCAUGGAAAUGGAGGAGUUGGCUUCGCAUGGCACUCUCUUGCCACCGGAAAUCAUGGGUCUUACCGAUGAACAGGUAGAGGAACUGAAAUUAAAAGAUGUAUGGGGUGAGAAGUGUAUACCAUCUGGUGGAUUUAUAUUCAACAAAGAUCCUAUUGGACGUCGCAAUGGUAGACAGCCUAAAGAAAACAUGCAGCAGGUAUUACGAAAUGCCAUAACAGAUGCCAAGGCUUUGAUUGAUAAAAAAUUGGUGGUGGCUAAAAAACCACUCACUCUUAAGAUUGUGGCAGAAGCUUUAAAUCUUCUUAAGGGCUCCGUUACAAUUGUCUAUCCUAUGCAAUUGCCGCCACAUGAUAUAAUACGCAUGGAAUUUAAUAACACCGAAGAUUUGACGGGUACCCAAGCUUCGAAGGAGGUAAUUGAGCCAUCUAAGGCUCAACUAUGGUUUGCAGGCCGUUUAAUAAUGUACGAUAAAAAGUUGUCGCAAUUUAUUGGCAACAAUGACAAGACCAAAGUUGUGGUUAAAUUAAAUACUCUGGGAGAGGGUAUUCCAUCGCGUGAACCUGUUAUUACCGAAGACAUUCGCAAACGUAUGAUGGCCGAUGCUUAUAGGCGUCAGGAGGAGCUGAAGAAAUUGGAAAUUGAUGAGGACGAUAAUUAUUUGAAUUCUUCCUGGGCUGAUAGUGGCAGUUUUAAGAGACAAGCUCAUGGUUUGGAUAAUGUGCACUUUCGCAUGGGUUUAUAGAUAAUAAUUUGUAGUAUUUUAAUAAUAAUUAAAACAAGAAAUUUGUUUUAAUAAACUGGAGAUUUUAUUCUUUUGAUUAUGAAA